AUGAGUUCUACAAGCAAAGCGUGGACGGUGGCAGCGAGCAUCGGAGCCGUAGAGGCUUUAAAAGACCAAUUGGGUCUAUGUCGGUGGAACUACAUACUCCGGUCGGUAAAUCAACAUCUUCGGAACAACGUCAGAUCUGUUUCUCAAGGGAAAAAGUUGUCGUCGUCUGUUUCCGCUGCCGCUAACUCCUCCGGUCAGAGUGAAAAGGCGAAGAGAGCUGAAGAAUCGCUAAGAACGGUCAUGUAUUUGAGCUGUUGGGGUCCUAAUUGA